AUGUGCAUAGAGGAGAAAAUCAACUCUCAAUUAAUCCGAUACAAAGAUACAAUCGAAGAAAAGAAACUAUUACGAACUCUAUCUGCAUAUGUGCUGACUGAUCAUCAGAAAGAAGCCAUCGAACGACUCAAGAAUGUCCGACAAAUGCAAUUGAAUGUUUUCGAAGAUUUAUUAAAAUUAGAAACACAAGUCUCCAUGGAAUAUCUACCAACAAAUUUCAAUCGCAUCGAUAAUUUUAUACGACCCAACCUUUAUUCGCCGAUUGUUCAAGAUCAACUAGCAGUUGAAUUGAAACAAAAGCAAUUUAAAAAUAUACAAGAAGCGAAACGUGCCUGGCUCAAUAUCUACAUUGAUAUUUAUGAAGUUCAGUAUCAAGAGUAUGAUCAACAUUAUCAGAAAGAAUUCAACCAAUUUCAAGUCAUCAGUCUCAAUAAUGGACAAAAACAUGGAGUAGAUCUUUUCAAUUCGUUCAUGACUUAUAUUAAUCAU